AUGGGACAGAGGCAUAACAGACGUCGCACACGCCCACGAUCUCGAAAUCGCAAUGUCCAAUUGACUCCCGCCGAUCCAUCAACCACCGUCGACCGCUUUGUUCCCACCGAGUCCAGCACUAUAGCCACCAAUGUCGCCAUUGAUCAACUGAGCUCCAUGCCGGAUGUCCUCGCCCCCACCUGGCAUCAGGGGCAUCCGGCGUGGUCGAGGCGUGAACGGAAUGUGCGGCUAGAAGCGGGCCUGGAGGCACAGCAGUGUCGACUGUUUGGGGGUGUACCGGGAGACGACGUCGGUCUUUGUUACCGCAUGCUCGAAUAUUUUGGUGGUCUCGAUUAUAUUAAUUCCUACCAAUCCAUGGAUUACUCGCCCGGAUGA